UGACAUCCCUGUCACUAGUACUAUCCCAUAUACCUUUUGUCUAUACAUCCCUUCAAUACACCAACCCUAACCAUCCGUCACCAUGGCCUCUAACCCUCCCGGAGCUUGCUGUGCCCAGGGCUUCAAGCACGAAGGCACCCCUGUCGGUGAAGUCAAGAAGAUCAACAACAUUGACACCUACAUUGUCUACCCCAAGGACAACAAGACCCCCGAGAAGGCCGUCCUCUUCCUGAGCGACAUCUUCGGUCUCUUCAACAAUGCCAAGCUCCUCGCCGAUGAGUUCGCCAACAAUGGAUACCUGUGUGUCCUCCCCGACCUCUUCAGCGGCGACGCCGUCGACCCCGUCGCCAUGGAGUCCGGCAAGUUCGACAUCGGUGCCUGGUUCCCCAACCACCAGCCCGCCAACGUCGACCCCAUCGUCGAGUCGACCAUCAAGUACAUCAAGGGAGACUUGGGCGUUAAGCGCAUCGGCGCUGUCGGUUACUGCUUCGGUGCCAAGUACGUCUGCCGCUUCAUGAAGGACGGCCAGGUCGACGUUGGUUUCAACGCCCACCCCUCUUUCGUCACCCACGAGGAGCUUGGUGCCAUCCAGGGCCCUCUGUCCAUUGCUGCUGCUCAAAUCGACAACAUCUUCACCACCCAGCUCCGUCACGAGUCUGAGGAAACCCUCAUCAAGACUGGCAAGCCCUGGCAGAUCAACCUGUACAGCGGUGUCUCCCACGGCUUCGCUGUCCGCGCUGACUUGAGCGUCCCCCACUUCAAGUGGUCCAAGGAGCAGGCUUUCUGCCAGGCCGUCAACUGGUUCAAGCAGUACCUGUAAAUGUUUGAGGUAGAAUUAGCGGCAUCUUCUGUACAUGUUACCAUUAGUUAGAUAAUGAACCGGUA